UACCUUCAGUUGCUUUGGAGAUUGUGCAUGGUGCGUUUGUGCGAGUUUUACAAUUGAACUAAUUUACACUUUGUGACUGGUCUUCUUCUCAAGAGAACCGAAUGGUCCACCCCCGUUGAAAUACGCAGUAGACAUGGGAGAACGUGAAGAGGAAGCGGUCGGCGAAUUCACAGAGUGACGGUACGUGGAGUGGUAGUCCUGGUCAGCCAUGCUCGUCAAGGAGUACAGGAUACCAAUUCCGCUCACCGUGGAGGAAUACCGCAUCGCGCAACUGUACAUGAUAGCGAAAAAAAGUCGGGAGGAGAGUAGCGGCGCCGGAAGCGGUGUGGAAAUUUUGGUGAAUGAACCUUACAGCGAUGGGCCUGGCGGACAGGGACAGUACACUCAUAAGAUAUAUCACAUCGGAAGCCAUCUUCCUGGAUGGCUGAAGGGAAUUCUUCCGAAGACUGCGUUAAUGGCCGACGAGGAAGCUUGGAAUGCAUAUCCUUACACAAAGACAAGAUACACAUGUCCUUUUGUAGAAAAAUUUUAUUUAGAAAUUGAAACGUAUUAUUUUAACGAUAACGGACACCAAGAGAACGUCUUCAGAUUAAAUGGAAGCGAUCUUCGAAAUAGAAUAGUUGAUACAAUAGAUAUAGUCAGGGAUCAAUUGUACGGGACUGAUUAUGUUAAGGAGGAGGAUCCGAAGUAUUACAGAUCUGAGAAGACCGGGCGUGGACCUUUGACUGAAACGUGGUUAGAGGACUAUUGGAAUGAGAUUCAGGGGAGAGCUCAGCCGUUACGAAACGGAAAAUCGCUAAUGUGUGCCUAUAAAUUAUGCCGGGUAGAAUUUCGAUAUUGGGGAAUGCAAACGAAGCUCGAGCGUUUCAUUCACGACGUUGCGCUAAGAAAAACAAUGGUGAGAGCGCAUCGACAGGCUUGGGCAUGGCAGGACGAAUGGUACGGACUGUCGAUGGAGGAUAUUCGAGAGAUCGAGCGACAAACGCAGCUGGCCUUGAAGCGAAAAAUGGCGCAGGCCAAUGGUGAAGAGUUUGAUGACGACUACCCCAGCUCGAAUUCGCAAGACACUUCCGCCGCGAAAACACUUGCGGCCACGCUCGGUAGUAUAGAGAAAAAUGAAGAUGUGCCUGGUAUUCUGCUGACCAAAAAUACUUCAAACAUUCCCACGGUGCACACCGACAAUGGAUCCGAUCUUGACUUAUCUCCCGAUGAGCCCAACAACGAGAUGAACUUAUCCCUGCAACGAAAUGAAGACCGAUGGCAGUCGCGCGGGCUGCAUUCACCCGGCUCAUCGUCGAUCAAAAGCUUCGAUUUACAAAUGGCCAACUGGCGCAUUGAAAGUCUCGGUCGCGACUCAGACUCGGCGUCGGACGAAGAAUUUUUCGACUGCCAAGAUGUAGGAGAAUCUUCACUUGCCAAAUGGAGCUCGUUGGACUUGUUGACCGAGGAGGAACUCGACGCGACCUCGCCUAAUGUCGCUGGCGACAGGCACGGAGACGAUAGCAUUUUUUCUCCUGCAUUUCUGCAGCGCGUCGCGAGCGAGAGGGGCAAUCGGACAGCUUUGCAGAGAGGAAAGGGAAGCUCGUUGGACACGUCCUGUCCGGAUUCGCCGUGCGCUUCUCCCGCUCACUUGCCCUGUAGCACUACGGUUUUGCUGCUGGUGAUGCACGCCGGAAGCGUUUUGGAUGCGAACGUUGAUCUAACUGCGAAAAAGUCAGAUGUAGCAACAUUCCGGGGCGCGUUCGAGUCGGUCAUGCGUCAACAUUACCCUACGCUUGUGGGUCAUAUUUCUGUGCGAGUAGUGUCUUGUCCUUCGAUAUGUACCGAAAGUUUGGGCAUUUUAUCGAGUCUCAGUCCGUAUAGCUUCGACGUUUCGCCGUCGAGCACCGAUAUCCCUCCAGUAACCCACGAUUCCAUUCCAAUUGGAGCGAUACCGCUACUGGCGAGCUCGACUCCGGAUUACCAGGAGGCGGUUACGCGGACCGUUAACGGUGCAAAUAUGGUGUAUCAAGAGUUCUUGAAGAGCGAGGAAGGUUCGGGCUUCACCGGGCAGGUGUGCCUGGUUGCGGAUUCAGUGGGGUCGGUUUUGACUUAUGACGCACUUUGUCGGCCGACGCGUUACCAGUCCAGGCACGGCAGCGAAAAUAGCAUUCUCGACAGCGACAUCUUGGUGAUAAAAGACGAGGUGCAAGUAAACGAAUCUGGGCACUUAACGGCACCGUCUCCACGUCGCAGAUCCUCAUCAACGAGCGACCAGUCUAGCUUACCCAAAUUCGAAUUUGACGUAUCAGACUUUUUCAUGUUCGGGAGCCCAUUGGCCCUCGUCCUUGCCUACCGAAAGAUGUCGUCCGCCGACGAGAAAAACAGUAACAUCAACCGUCCCAACUGCGUUCAGGUGUACAACCUUUUUCAUCCUACCGAUCCGGUCGCCGCACGCUUGGAACCGCUCCUAUCCGCAAGGUUCUCAAUUAUGCCGCCUAUAAAUGUCGCUCGCUACGCCAAGUAUCCAUUGGGGGACGGACAACCAUAUCAUUUACUCGAGGUACUUCAGUCAAAUCCGCAGAUGUUUAAUGACUCGUUGGGUGCGCAACCCAGACGAUUGUCAGAAGUAUCUAUACAAAGUACCAUUUCGGGGAUUAUCGAUACUAUUCCUUUACAGGCUGUUAACGCUUUACAGCAAAAAUGGUGGGGCGGCAAGCGAUUAGAUUAUGCCCUGUAUUGCCCCGAAGGCCUAUCGAACUUUCCGACGAACGCCCUGCCGCACCUGUUCCACGCGAGCUACUGGGAAAGCUACGACGUCAUCGCGUUCAUCCUGAGGCAGGUGGCGCGUCAGGAGCUCGCGCCGAUCACCGGCGUCGACGAUCGCGAAUUCUGCUUCAGGCCCGGACAGCCGAGGGAGAAGUGGAUUAGGAAACGCACCUCCGUUAAAUUGAAGAAUGUCGCGGCGAACCAUCGCGCCAAUGACGUGAUCGUGCGAGAGGGGGCGUCCCAGACGUUAAUUGCCCGGUUUAUGUAUGGACCUAUUGACAUGAUCACGCUGGCUGGCGAGAAGGUGGACAUACACAUUAUGAAGGAUACGCCGGGAGGUGAAUGGGUACAGCUCUCCACUGAGAUUACCGACAAGACUGGUAGGAUUACAUAUACGAUCCCCGACGACAAGUCUUUAGGCUACGGUUUGUACCCGAUAAAAAUGGUCGUAAGAGGUGAUCACACUUCCGUUGAUUUCUUUCUGGCGGUUGUUCCGCCUAAGACUGAAUGCGUUGUCUUUAGCAUUGACGGUUCGUUUACUGCGAGUAUGUCUGUGACUGGACGCGAUCCGAAAGUACGGGCCGGAGCUGUCGAUGUUGUCAGGCAUUGGCAGGAGCUGGGGUAUCUUAUAAUUUACAUCACAGGUCGGCCGGAUAUGCAACAGCAGAAGGUGGUUUCGUGGCUGUCCCAGCAUAACUUCCCCCACGGUUUGGUGUCUUUCGCGGACGGCUUGUCGACUGACCCCCUGGGGCACAAAGCAGCCUACUUGAACAAUUUGGUGCAGAACCACGGAGUGACAAUUCACUCAGCGUACGGCAGCAGUAAAGACAUAAGCGUUUAUACAUCGGUAGGUCUCAGAUCGAAACAAAUCUACAUAGUGGGGAAAGCGUCCAAGAAGCAGAAUAACCAAGCGACUUUGUUAACGGAGGGGUACGCGGCCCAUCUUUCUAUGCUGAUGGCGCAUGGGGGGUCGCGACCUGCGCAGGGCAAUGCGCGUAUGGUAAUUCCAAGGGAGUACUUUGGUCUGCCCGGUCAAAGUUACUCGCGACGAAGAAGCAAAACUCCAAAAAAAGGUACCGCAUACCCAAUUGCAGGCGAAGGAGGACUAGUCGAACGAUCCUUAAGCACACGUCGGUGCCAGCUCUCUCGGCCCAUGCUCGCCACAAUUGGCAAUCAUGCCUCGGUCACGAGUAGUACGGGACCUGGGUGACCUUCGAUCUCUUAAAAAAUUCGUAUCAUUAGUACAAUUGAAUAUGAAAUUUGCCGUUACGCUUCUCGAGUGCUUAACUGUACAUAGUGUUCAUGCUAUCAACAAACACACUGUUUGGCAAAGGGAAAGAGAUGCAUUACGUCACCACCAGGUUUAUGUGCAAACUUUGUUUUUAAACUAUUAGGAUCUAGAAUCUAUUUGAGUCUCAAUUUUGUAAGAUAUUUGUUAAAAAAGAGUUGAUAAUAAUCAAAAGAUAUUUAUGGGGUUUGUACAUAAAUAGUCUUCACAAGAAAAACCGGAAAAUUGUUCAUUAUAUAGAAAAUGUAUAUUUUUAUAUAAUUAUUACUACCUACCUGCUUUGAAGUACAUAAUCGCUUACUAGGUAUCUUUAUAUACUUACCUCGGGAGGGAAGAUCUUGAAUGUUUGCUUAUUUUUAAAAAAAAAAUAAUUGUGACAACUUGUGCAAAUCUCUUUAUGGCUUGAAUUAGAUGUAGAUUCAAUUUUCUUAAAUGUUAUCCAGUGUUGCACAUAGAUUAGUGCAUAUCACCGCUGUGGGGAGAAAAUCAUUACUUCGUUCUUGGAAAUACUGGAGAGUCCAUUACUCUAACCCCUUCUUAAACAUGUCAUUGACACAUUCAAAUGGGCCAACUAUCAUAAACGUUAUCGCGACUAGAGGUUUGCAAAGUUUUAUUAUUAUUCCUGUACUAAUACUCUUAUUAACUAAUUUAACGCGACUAGUUGGUGUGUAUUUAUGUUAAACGUACAAUUAGACCCGUUCAUUGUCAUUACAAAACAUUCCAUCUAUUAAUCGACGAAAUUCAUUGGAUUGUGCUUUAUAUAAAUGUGCGUUACUGUUAGAUUGUAGCUUGAAGUAUUUUCUUAACUAUACAGUUUUGUUAUACCGUUCUUGUAUUUUUCUAAUUGUACAGGCAACAUUCCCGUCUAUAGUUAGUAUGUAUAUAUGUAUAAUUGUUAUAAUAGAAAAGAUAUGUGGCAGUGGUGCAAAGACAGUAUUAAUUGAUUAAAUUUAAAAAAAAAAGUCGGGUUGAUUGUGAUAUUUAAAGCAAUAGUGGUGCAUAGAGGUUUAUUGCUGCUACAUUUCUUUAUUACAUUGAAAUACUGCGCAUUUGACAUGUGAUAUGUUAUGUUUCUUGAUCUAUAGAAUGUAUUGUUCGUUAUAAACAUUGCAAUUGUUGAGUGUAUAAAAAACAUGUUGUAAAAGUGUAUUCGGUAUAGUUUCGUAUAAUCCUUGCAAUCUUCCCUAGUUCUAUUUAUUAUUAAAAUUUUGUUGCCAUAUCUUCAUAGGUUGUGAAAAGUUUAUCUGUUCAACUAUAAGAAAAUUUGUUUACAUGUAUCUCUCACGUGAAAUAAGAGGUAGUUAAAUAAAGUUUAAGAUAUCA